AUGGUGACUGCCUCAACAGGGGUGAUCAACUCUCUCCUCCCCAAGCUCACCGCCUUACUGGGAGAGGAGUAUGUGAAGCUCAGAAGUGUCCGUCCUGGGAUCAGCUACCUAAAAGAUGAGUUGAGCAGCAUGAGUGCCUUAAUUACAAAGCUAUCCGAUGUGGAGGAGCUUGAUGUGCAGUUGAAGGAAUGGAGGAACAAUGUGCGGGAGCUAGACUAUGAUAUUGAGGAUUGCAUUGACACCUUUAUGCAUCACUUUGACAGUGGCAACACGAAGGGUGGCUUGAUCCGAAAGACCACACGCAGUAUCAAGAAGUUGUGGGCACGCCACCAGGUUGCUACUCAGAUCAAGGAACUCAAAUCCCGCGUCAUGGAGGUGAGUGAGCGCAGGCUGCGGGCCGAGUCGAAGGGCCUUGUGGGCAUGGAUGGUCCAAGAGAAGAGAUAGUCAAGUGGCUUAUGGAUGAGCAGCAGCAGCUGAAGGUGGUCUCAAUAGUUGGGUUUGGAGGAUUAGGCAAGACAACUCUUGCUAUGGAGGUGUAUCGCACUAUUGGUGGACAGUUCCAGUGCAAGGCUUCAACAUCCGUAUCCAGAAAUCUUAGUCUCAAUAAACUUAUCUGUGAUCUACUCUCUCAAGUUGACCCUGGGGAGCACGGCAGGUUGGAAAUAUUGGAGGUUGAGCAGUUAGUUCGCAAGCUUAGGGAGUGCCUGAAAGACAAGAGAGGAAACAUAUGGAAUUUGGCAUGCAUAAAGUAUACUCUUUUAGAACAGAUUGAACCUCUAGAUAAAAUUAAGUCUCAGAGGUUGUUUUUGAGAAGGAUUUUUCUCUCGGAGCAGAGUUGCCCACCUCAGCUGGAAGAAGUUUCCAAUGCAAUCUUAAGAAAAUGUAGUGGUCUACCAUUGGCCAUAAUUACCAUACCUAGUUUGUUAGCUAUUAAACCAAAAGUAAAGGACCAGUGGGAGAUGGAUUAUGUGAUCACGAGAGAAACAUUGAUAUGGAAGUGGAUAGCUGAAGGAUUUAUUGUUGGAGGAAGGGGCCAAAAUCUGGAGGAAGUAGGAGAGAUAUAUUUUAAUGAGCUUAUUAACAGAAGCAUGAUCCAACCAGUUGAUAUUCAGUAUGAUGGAAGAGCACGAGCUUGCCGAGUUCAUGAUUUGGUCCUUGACAUUUUAAUAUCCUUAUCAACCGAAGAGAAUUUUGUUACAAUAUUAGAUGGAGAUGACCCUAAAUCUAUGACUAACAAGAUUCGGCGUUUGUCCAUGCAAUAUAAUGAGACUGAACAUGAAGUGCUACCAAUGGUGCCCGUCUGCACAGGUGAAAUUCAUAGGACAUUGUUGUCAGUUGAGGUAUUUGGAUCUCAGUUGCACAGAUAUUACAAGUAUCCCAGAAGAAAUCGGCAAACUACAAAAUUUAGAGACACUGGACCUGACAUCUUAUUCAAUAGAAGGAAAAUUACCAGCAACAAUAGGUCUAUUGAAAAAAUUGGUUCGCCUAUUUGUUUGUUCCAAAUUAACGCUGCCAGUGGAGAUCACAAAUCUUCGGGCUGUGCAAGUGCUAUAUACUAUCUCCUGCAACUCUACAAAAUUCUUAGAAGGUCUUGGUCAGAUGACUCAACUAAGAAGACUAGGGAUAAAGUACUCAGCCUGAUGCUAUGUAGAUGUCACUUCCCUGUGGAAAGGCUUGUGGUGGGCAACCAAGGAUUCCAGUGCCUAAAGGAGUUCUCUCCUUCCAAGUGGUGCAUGGAAGAAUGUGGCUGGUGUUCACACCGGGAGCUAUGCCAGAGGUCGAAACAUUAUGUAUCAAGUUUUAUGCCAGGAAAACAAGAAGUGGAGUCCUUUGAUUCUGCUAUUAAGCAUGCAGUCAAAACCCGCCCGAAUCACCCUAUGCCACAAAUUGUCAGAACUUCUGUAAACUACAUGGCUGAUGAGAAUGAGAAUUUGGAAGACAAUCGUGUUUUUCAUUACAUCCUCUUAGAUAUGAAGCUGGAUACAAGCCAGAUACACGUCUACGACUUAAAGAGGAGGCCACUAAGUCAUAUCAAAUCCCUCGAAGACAUACUAAAUAAGUAUUUGAAGCCAGUAACAUUUAUAUUUGUAUGA